AUGAGCGACGCCAAGGACGUCAGUAUCUGGAUUGGAAAGGCCGACAACUCCAAGUCCAUUGUCUUUUGGGCCCUAGACCAUUCAAGCAUCCCUCUGCCCAAACGGCUGCUGCUGGUAAAUGUCCAUCUGGAGCACCUGGGCCUCGCGGGUCACUUUAUGGUCACAGAAUCACAUCGAGCACAGUGGAGUUAUCUCUUCCAGCCGUGGCUUGGGUAUGUGCCCAAGUUCGACAUGUUUGUGGGGCCAAUAUGGGGCAGGUUCAGCAGCUCUCGCUCUACACUCUCAGAAAGCAUCUCUCACACCUGUAGUGACCAGUGA